GGCAGCAGUGUAUUCACCAUUGAACAACAGGCAGGAUGUCUUUGGAUGAGAACAUAUAUGUGAAUUUAGAGCAGCUGAACAUCUACGAAAAACAACCACAUGAACCAGUGGACACAGACAGCUGCACUGAGGGAGCAGAAGCUGUGGUCAGUUCAGACACUACACAUUUCAAUGUGGCCACAGUUUGUCUGGGACUCUUGAGUUUCACUUUACUCAUCACUGCUGUGGGAGUUGGGACUAGAUUUCACAUAGUGUAUGCUCAGCUGAUGGGACAGUGGCUGAACUCCUCUCUGCAAACAGAGGCUCUACAGUUCCAGAUCCUGAACCUGACAGCGGAGAGGGACCAGAUGAAUAACAGUUAUUUCUCUGUGAUGAAAGAGCUGCACAGGGCCAAAGCCAAUAUGGUGUCCUGUCCCGGUGGAUGGAGGCAGUUUGGCUUAAGAUGUUAUUAUUUGUCUCAGAGCCUGAACACUUGGGUCAACAGCAGAAGGGAAUGCCAAAAUAUGGGUGCAGACCUGGUUGUCAUCAAAAGUCAAGAAGAAAUGAGGUUUUUGAAUGAGUUUGGACACAAAUUUUGGAUUGGUUUGAGCAGAAUAGAUGGAGUCUGGAAGUGGAUUGAUGGAAGCUCUGUUAUCGUUUCGGAUAGGGGAAAUUAUCAUCCCACACUCUACAACGGGUAUCAGAAGACUUGUGCAGCUUUCAACAUACUCAACUUACAUUUUUAUACCAGGAGUAGCGAGUCUUGUGAAUCUUACUAUAGGGGGGUUUGUGAGAAAGAGGCAAAUUUUAACUCUGUGAUAUAAAAAUGAAUACAUCAGCAGGUAACAAACUGUGGGAUGAGUACACUUUUUUGUAGCCUGUUUCUUUUUGUUAUUGUUUUCUUAUAGUUUUAGUUACUUCUCCUGCAUGUACAAAAUAUGUCAGUAGAACUAUCUGAAUGUGUUCUAUAAAGCACAUGGCUUUGGUGAGGAACAGUGGUAAAAAUGUGUGCCAAGAUGAGAUCUGGCUGGACCUUCUGUUUAAAUAAAUAUACAAAACACAUGUAACAAAGCUUAAAUGAAACAAAAUAAGUUG